AUGAAGAAAUACGGCUGGGACAGUUUCAAGGAUUUGAUUUUUAGAAAUCCUGCAGUUGUUGAUCAGGUAAGAUAAGAAACCUGUCUGACCAGGUUACAACCCCUCAUUAAAUUAGCACACAACAGAUACACAGAAAAACUUGGUAUUUGUCUCUCUAUCAAAUUGUGCUUCUACACCUGUAAGGCAAAACAAAAAUCAGCUGAAUGUUUAAGCAUUGCACAUAUUUAUGUAAAACAGUGGUAAUGUGAUGCCACUCCACUAAACAAACUGUUAACUUGCAGGUGCUUUCACAAGAGUGGAAAUCAUUUUGAAAAAACCUCACAAUGUGUUCUGUUUUUAUGCAUUAUGUCUAUCUUUGUUGUUGCAGAAGUAAUUGCUUUUUUGCAAAGCAUAAUGAAAAUACUUUUGUAGGUUGUAAUAUCUGUUUUGUGUAGUGUUAGUGACAUUUUUGUUCUACAAAAGCAUUGGUUCUCCUCUUUGAAAAGCAGCCUGUAGUUAAACAGAAGAGGCAGUGGACUCACUGCUUGUUUUCUUAAUUUAAGACAAUAAAAAGAAACUACAGCUGCAACUGUUAUGAUAUCUGUUUGUUUCCUUUUUAAUGUAUUUGUCUUGUAAACAUUACAUACAUUUGUUUUUUCUUCUCCUCUUAAAAAGAAACACACAAUGCCUGAGACAUUUAAAUGAUGUUUGCAGCUCACAUAGACCUUUUUCAAUGAGCAGGACCCACAAGUGGACACUGGCGAUGAAAACACUGAGCGUGGGAAUUGGGCCAGUAAGCGGGAGUACCUCCUCUCUACCAUCGGCUAUGCCGUUGGACUGGGAAAUAUCUGGAGAUUUCCGUAUUUGGCCUACAAGAAUGGAGGAGGUACAGGCUACUUAUAUUAGUUAUAGCAACUCUGUUUGCAUUUGAGUUAUAUUAUUGCAUGAUUUACCUCCUGCUGUGUCAUUGUGAGCAGGUGCCUUUCUUAUCCCCUACUUUGUGAUGCUGGUGGUGACUGGAAUUCCUCUUUUCUUCCUGGAAAGUGCUUUUGGUCAGUUUUGCAGCCAAGGUCCAAUCAAUAUAUGGAGAGCAGUGCCACUCUUACAAGGUAAGACAACAGCAGUUAAGCUUUGUGAAAGACUAAUCAGAGACAUCUUAAGGUGAAGAUGUAGGUCAUGAGGGAUUUAUUGUGGCUGUUGGUUAAUAGUCAACUGUGGGGGCAAAAAUCCAUGUUUUAUCACCCCUUAACCUCAGGUAUUGUUAUGCAUCAAGAAAAAAGACGGAGCUGCAGGGUUUACGUGUUUUACUUCACACUAUUUGUUGAUUUUGGCAGCAGUGUGGAUGAAGUGGUACAUCUUAUCUCAUUUUUGAUCCUCUCUAAAGAUCCCAUACUUCUUUUAACUGUGAAACACACCUUUAAGAACAAAAAUUUGCCUUUAAAACUAUUCACACAGUCCCCUUUGUUCUGUUAAUAAAUAAUGUUAAUACUACAAAAAAAUCCUAUCAAGUUGAUUGACUGGACUGUGUUAAUAGAUCAAUACAAGGUGUCAUUAAUAAACUGGGACAGCACUGUAGUCAGUCAAAAGUUGCUCACAGUAUGCUUAAAUCUAAUUGACACUGGUAUGAGGCUUCAAAUACAGACACAUAUAAUAAUCAUCUUAAAAUAUCACCGACUGAUUCGUAAAAAAAAAAAAAAACAUACAUGAUGUGCUGAUAAUAAGAGUGUUUUAUUGUGUAACACUGAUAAAAGUAAGCAUUUGAAAUAAAUGAUUAAACAUUAAUCAGUCUUAGCAGCAGGAAAACAAAGUUAAGCUCACGACUUGAAAUGAAUUUAGAUAGAUCUAUCUAAAACUGCAUCAAGAUAUGACGACUCCAGUAGUGCUGGCACCAAUAUUCACAGUCAAAGUCAGUUGAAAACAUCUCUUUUUCUGAAUGUACCCCCAAAAGUUGGGGUUGCCAUAAAGCUGAGAUGUAGCACUUCUCUCCUCAAAGUAAAUACACUCAGAAAGUGGAGUGCAAAACUCCUUUUACUGGAGCAAAUUAUCUCACGAGAGUGGGACACUACAAAAGGCGUCAUCUGGUUGUGUGGACAUUCAGUUUAAAUUGUAACCAUCUGCACCCAGAGCUCAACAGGUUAAAGAAGACUGUUUAAAUUGUAAGUGGUGUUAAACUAGAUAUAGAUAUCAGUGGGCCUAAAUAUGACACUCAACAUUGAUUAAUUAAAUGACAGAUUUAUUCAUUCACAACAGGAAAGUCCUAGAAAAGAGUGAGCUAUAUGAGCUUGAAUUUACAGAGUGAGCUAUAGUUUGUAGGACGGGGACGAUUUACUUUAUAAAACACUUAUCCAAAAACAAAUCUCAAAAAAAUAUUUAUUUUAUUAAUUCUCAUAUUAAAACAACACUCUCCUCUCCACCAGGUGUUGGCAUCUCUAUGGUUUUGGUGACUCUAAUCGUGUCGGUUUACUACAACGUCAUCAUUGGCUACAGCCUCUACUACAUGUUUGCCUCCUUCCAGUAUCCUCUGCCCUGGUCCAACUGCUCCAGCUGGUCUGAUAGUAACUGCAGUGUUACACCUAUAGGUGACUUCUUCUAUCUCCAGUUAUUUGUGGAAAGCUUUAGAUCAAAUCUGCUGUUUAGAGAAAGUUUAUGUGAAAAAGCCAUAUAAAUCAUAAAGAAAAUUCUCACUAUGUAGACCUUUUGUUUGUACUUCUUUAGUGAAUUGCAAUGUAAGCGGUGUUACAGUGGCUAACUGGACUCAGGAAAAUGGCACAUGUCCUCUGCCUGACUUGGUCAAAGUACCCGUGCAGAGCCCGAGUGAGCAGUACUGGGAGUAAGGAACAGACUCAUAUAAACAAGCACAAUUACACACUGGUGUCGUCACUGUAUACCCACAUCUCACUCUCCUCCACCUCAGCCGUGUGGCUCUGCAGAGAUCCAGUGGUCUGGAUGAAACAGGACCAAUAGUUUGGCACUUGGCCCUCUGUCUGCUGCUGAGCUCUUUAAUUGUUGCUGCUUCACUCAUUAGAGGGAUCAAAUCUUCUGGCAAAGUAAGUCAACAUCAUUCUCUAUACAAUCGUGUGUUAACUUCAGGCCAAAUGAAAACUGCAAGUCAGGAGCAAAGAUCAUUAAACAAAUAUUUUAUUGUUGAUUAAAAAAGUUUCAUGUUGUUAUAAAUUGUUUCAAUCUUCCUAACUUACCUCUUAGUUGGGAAGCAAAAUAAAUCACACAACCAAAAUGUUAUUUUCUUUUCAACAGUCUUAGAGUAAAACUGAGUUAUGAUUAAAAUACUGUGUUUUUUUAUCUUAAGGAAAAGAAAUAGGUUUUUAAAUACUCACUGUUUACUUUUCUUGUCUCCAGGUUGUGUAUUUCACAGCUACAUUUCCUUAUGUGGUGAUUCUGAUCCUGCUGAUCAGAGGUGCAACACUAGAGGGAGCUAGAGACGGGAUAGAGUUCUACGUUGGUUCCCAAUCCAAUUUGACUAAACUGACAGAGGCACAGGUAAGGAUCCAGAAAUCAGAUUAGCUGUUACCAUGAGGAGGUAAAAGGUUAUCAUGAUUCUAGAGGUCUGACAAGGGUCAAAAACUCUAUCUAAGCAUUAGUUCUUUGUUUGUUUUUUUCAAUUAAAUUAUUUCAAUUUUUUAAUGAGGCUUGAAAUCCCUGGCAGCAACCCUGGCUAGCUGUGCAAAUUUGACUGCAACCAUUCAGUAAUUACAGCAAAAUACAAAACUCUACAUUGAAUUGAGGCAUAACAGUAUUUCCUUUUUCCUUUAGGUCUGGAAAGAUGCAGCAACUCAGACCUUUUACUCUCUCUCAAUUGGCUGGGGAGGAGUCAUGACCCUGGCCUCCUACAACAACUUCCACAACAAUGUGUUUAAAGACUCAUUUGUGGUGACACUGACUAAUGCAGGUAGGAGCUAAUCCAACUGUUUUAUAUAGGCUCUUGAUUUUAAGUGGUCUAAUCAUGUAUCCAAUGGUUCUUUUGUUUUGGGUUUUUUUUUUCACAGGUACAAGUGUUUUGGCAGGCUUUGCCAUAUUUUCCAUCCUGGGUCACAUGGCUCACAUUUAUAAAAUGCCCGUCAGUGAAGUGGUACAAGAAGGUGGGUCACGCAAAUCAUCUAAGCAAACGUUUAUCGAAAGUUUGUUCAAUACCGUGGUUUUCUCUGAUGUUUUCUUUCUAUAUCUCUGUGCAGGAUUUGGUCUGGCAUUCAUUGCAUAUCCAGAUGCUCUUUCCAAGCUUCCUGUUUCCCCUCUGUGGUCUGUUUUAUUCUUCUUCAUGCUUUUAACUGUUGGCCUGGACUCUCAGUUUGCAGGAAUAGGUGAAAUCUCUUUUCCAAUCACACUAAAGCAUUACUGUUGCGAUGGUUCACUGCAGCCUCAUAUCUCUCUUCUUGUCAUCAGAGGUGGUCACAACAUGCCUGCAUGAUGCCUUUCCAAAAAUCUUCAAAUCCAAGCGUGCUUUAUUGACAUUAACCACAAGCGCCAUCCUCUACCUGCUGGGUCUGCCGUGUGUCACAAGGGUAAGUCUGUCAUAGUUUUUUGUUCCCAGUUUCUGUGACAGGUUUUGUUCAUCCUCUCAGCCCACAUCUGUGUUUAUGUGUGUGUUUGUUACAGGCAGGAAUAUACUGGGUGACUCUAAUCGAUCAGUUUGUGGCUACAUGGGUGCUGCUCUUUUUGGCUCUAUUUGAGAUCAUUGGUGUUGCUUAUAUUUACGGUAAAUAUGAUGGUUGGAUAUAUGUGCAUGUUGAAGUGGCAGAGUGCUUUAAACUGCAGCUGUGUUGCAUCCCUCUCAUGAUUUCUAGGAGGGAAUCGUUUUAUCAAAGAUAUUGAGAUGAUGCUUGGAAAAAAAAGUUUUGCAUUCUGGUUUUGGUGGAGAGCAUGUUGGUUCUUCAUCAGUCCCUGCGUCAUUGUGGUGAGUCCCACAACAGACAUCUAAUUAAUCCAAAAAUACCAAAUCUGCUCAGCCUCUAAAAUCAAAAAGUGACAGUUUUUUACCCAAAUCUCCAAGUCUGAUGUUGAAUUACAUAGGUACAUUUUUUACAUCGAUGUGAACAUGUUGCAGGGCAAAUUUUCAAAAAGACAGUUCAUGAGUCUCAACUUGUCUGUCAAUUUGUCUUUAAAUGUUUGACUGCUGAUUCUGUUAUGUAGGUCAUCUUAGUCUGGUCUUUGAUAACAUUUGAAUUACCGACGUACGGAGAUAUCCAGUUCCCAGUCUGGGGCUUGGCUCUGGGUUGGUUAAUGGCUCUGUUCAUCCUUCUCUGGAUUCCUGGCAUCGCUGUGUAUAAACUCAUAAGAGCAGAUGGGGGCCCUUGGAAGGUGUGUCUGUGUUUAUCAUUUCAGAUUUAGAGCCGUUUCCAAAGCACUUCAUUUUGUAUAACAUGAGAUGGUUUUCUUUAACUAAAUCAAUGGCUAUCUCAUUUUUUUUCUACAGCGCUUGAAAUCAUUGUGCUCUCCAGCUGAAAACUGGCAUCCUUACCUGAACAUCCAUCGAGGAGAGCGUUACUCAGAAGAGCGUUGUCGCCACAGGACGAGCCAUGGCAAAAAAGCAAAAGUGGAUGUUAAUGUGAUCUCUAGCUCCUGGCUUUAAUGUUUGUUUUUGUGAAUAUUGAAUAGGCCAUGUGCUGAAGGACUGUGGUCUCUGUGCAUUUGGAGUGUAACUUAAAGAGAUAUUCCUGAGGGUCAAACACACCAUAACACAGAGUUAGACACCCCCUCGAGAGAUGAAUGUUGCCGACCACUUGCUUCUCUUGUCAAACCAACUUAGGUAAUGACCGCAGGAUAGCAAUACACAGCAGUCUGAGGAGCCAUAAUUAAACCUCAACCAAACGCCACUCUAUAGCCACAAAUAAUGCUCAGAACAGCACCUAACUUCUUCAACAGGACAUCUAGGGACCUAGCCAUAGCACUAGCCACCAAACAUCUUUUUAACUUUGCCUAAUUUCUUUAGAAAAGAGACUGAACACAACUCAUCUACUCUCGUCCCGCAGCCGCUUGUUUGUAGAGAGACCUCAGGCCAGUCCAUUACGGACUGCUGCGGGGUGACGCAGCUCAAGGAAGAACAUGGAAAGAACCAUUAAGACUUGACCACAAACAACUUCAAGAUAAAUUUGUUUUUAGUAUCAAAAAGUUUGUAAAAAGUUAGAAGUGUUAAACUAUUAAUUUUUAAUCACAAAUAAUCACAUGAUAACUCGUGAUUAAACACACAUUUUUAUUUAUUUUUACUAUAACAUAAAGGGAUGUUUGUAGAGUUUAUAAUUAGUUGAAGCAAAAUGAGAAUGAACCAAAUGUUUAAUUUAUAUAACUGUUAAAAGUGUUAUAAUUAUUGUUGGUGUUAUUAUCUCUAGUAUUGCUCUUAUUUUAUAUUUUUUUACAUUUUUAACUACAAUUAGGACACCACUUGAUAUAUUGGCACUGUCUAGAAAAAUUCUCCAGAAUAACUUCAUGGGUACUCCAUGCAGAGAGAAAAACAUGAUCAAGUCAAGCCCAACCAGCAACAAUAGAGGCUCCCACUGACCGGACUGUAACAGGACAGGGCGAUACUAACAUAAGAUAGUGUCCAACUUCACACCAGUAAAGCUUCACUAUGUUGUGUUCCUCCCUCAAAGUCUUUCAAUAAAUGAUUUCUUUAAUAUCUCAAACAGAUAAGGAGAAAAACUAAAUCCAGUCCAGUGCUGCUUUAAUGUUACAGCUUUUUUUUUAUUUAUACCAUUCUCAGUAUCUCUGUAAUAGUUCGUAAGAUGAUCAUUUUGCCACAGCAGCAGGUUUGUAGUAGAGUUCAGUUUUAGGGCUCUAUUUUGGUGCCUCGCCGGAGACGUGCCGCAAGCGCAGCGUCAAUCAGAUCCGCCGCGCUGACAAGGCGUUCCCAAGCACAUUUUGGUAUUUUGGUGAGCCGCGCAGCCCGGCGUAAGUAUCCCCCCUCCCUAACUCAGCUCCUCCCGGCAGCAUAAAUCAUAGACGGGGAGGAGAGAGGGCGUACACUGUGUUUAACACAGCCGAGACCUGUUUUCACCAAUCACAUAAGCUCCUCUCCUUGCCUUUAAAUCCGCCACCGGCGAGGCGUAUUACUAUUUUCAUGAAGUAGUCAAAGAGAUCAAGAGAUGUCUGAAGACAGUUAUGCCACACGAUGGCGACAGAGGGCAGCUGCUCAACAAGUGUCCUCCACACUCUCUCAUCUGAGCACAGAUGGAUUUGGUGUGCGUAAUGUUGGACCCACUGGUAAGACAAACACCCUUUUCCACAAAUAAAGACACUCACAUAAAGUUGCAUAUAUUUAAACCACACGUGACAAAGGUGGGUUUAGCGCACAGAUCACAACAUAAACUCCAAAAAUGGCAUUAAAAUCGGAACCAUCUGUGCGUAAAUGACGCAUCGCGCUCCGUGGCCUGGCUCUUUCUUUCAUAGAUGUUGGCAUAUAAAAUAAAUUUGGCCCACAAAACUGAAUAUUAUAAUAUCCGUGUGUCGGCUUAAAGUAGAUAACGCAUCUGAGCACUGAAACAAAUCAUCUGUUCAGCUGCAGCAGCAGCAAGACGGACAGAGGACACGGAGACGUGUCCAGGUCGAGCUGUGCGAGAAAUAAGAGGAAGAAAGAAAAGGAGGGAGACACAUUACGUAUCUUGUUAACUUCAUCAUGUGUGUUUAUUUACUAGAUAUUUAAUUUAAUUUGAUGCAGUUUCAGCUGUAUUGAUUCGGUCAGGUUGUGUGCCCAAACGCGUGCCAAACGCGCUCAUCAAAUCAGAUAUAGAUCAGAAUAUAUCGAUAUAGAUCUAAAUGUAUGUGCUGACUCAGAUUAAUAGUUGUUGAUGAUUAUUUAUUGCACUGAAAUCUGCCUGACACUGUGGAAACUGCCGGUGAGGCAUCAGUGACGUAUGUUGAUACGCCGCCGGUCUACCAAAAUACUACUAGACCAGCUGCGUUCCGCCUUGCGCUGAAAGCUGACCAGGUUUGAAUCGGCGAGCUUUCAGCGCACGUUACACGCCGGUGGCGUGCACGAAAAUGUCACUGCGCCAGCUGAUUCUGUCAACACCUCCCCCUGCCACGCCACCACGCCCAGCUUGGCGGAUCUCGGCUCGCCUCCGUGCGACUCAGUCCACGAAAAUACCAAACUCGCCUUACACCGGGCUCCGCCAGACGAAAAUACAACUGCGCGGGGCUCGCCGCCCUCCGCCGCCUCGCCGGAGCGAACGAAAAUAGAGCCCCCAAAGUUCAUUAUAAUCCUGGUUAACCCAUAAACAAACUCAUGAUUGAAUGGAAUUUUUUGUUUGUUUUCAUGUGGCUGAAACUGUUUAUCUAAACUGAGCCACAGACAAUGUAACAUAAACAUAAUGAUGCUGUAAAGGAGCAGUUUCCCAUCCGGAGAAAAGCUGUUAAACUAGUUAACUGUGUUUGAUAUUUACUGAUCUGUCAUCACAUGUUGACAGAUGAACUGCUAUAUUUGAUCAAGCCUAAGGCCUCACGUUAACUGUUAGAUGAAAUGAUUCUUUGUGUAUUUUUGGCUCUGAUCAAAUUGUAGGCUGGGCCAUGUUUUUAGAUAUAUUAGAGUUUUGUGUUUAUCUUCACUAUCACAGUUGUAAUUGUCAUAUUUUUGUCACCCUGUCAAAAUGUAAUUAAAGCCUUAAACUGUGUCACCACUGAACAAGUCACGUUCAAGAACUGAGGUCAAACUAGAGAACAGGGAGACUAUUCAAAGACUGCUAAUCUGAGUGGAUUGAUCAUUUACUUCAUUUAGAUAACCUUAAAGCUCCUCUGGUGAGUUUCCAGCUGCUUGUGAAAAAGAAUCAAACGAGUGUUGAUGUCCUUUUAUGACCUUAAAAAAGAGGUGCACAAGCCACAGGAAUGACUGCAGCCUUGAGAGGAUUGUCAAGAGAAGUUGAAUGAAUACAUUUGAGAGCUUCACAAAAAUGCUCUGAGACCGGUGGGAGUGUAUCAAGAGCCACUACACACAGGAAAAAGACUCCAGGGGCCUAUUCUACGAAGCAAGUUCAACCUAGCGAGGUAGCCUUGGAGCUACCUCACUCAACUGAGCGCGGUAGCCAGCGGUCUCGCUAACCGUGUUACGACGCUGGUUAUCAACCUCAUAAGUGGUUCCAGCUUUGCUAUGAGCACAGAAAACGGGGGGGAUUUGAUAUGAAUAAGAAAAGAUAAGAAUAACUUUAUUCAUCCACGAAGGGAAAUUCAAUUUUCUGUAGUCUCAUUUGUUCUUAUGUCUCAAAAAGUCGUCUACUAUUUAUAGAAGAAUUAUAGAGUCUGAUGGCUGUUGGUACAAAAUAAUCUUUUUGUCCUGCAGCAAAGAGAGAGGAGCCGUCAACCACCAUUGGCUCUUUGGUCCAUGAAGGUGUUAUGAAGUGGGUGAUCCAUGUUUUUUAGAAUAGUCUCCACCUUCCUCAGUGUAGAUCUCUCCACCACAUCCUCCACUGAGUCCAACUUGAUUCCAACCACAGAGACAUUUUUUUUUUAAUCAGUUUGUUCAAACGAACGACAGAUCUUUAAAUUCUGGCAGCAGAUGGUCUCUAGUUUUCUAAAUGAUACAUCUAUACAGACAAACGCACACAGGUUUUUGCGUGCAUCACUGUACACCUGGUGAUUUAGGUUGUGUGAGAUGGCAGUAAAAUGAAGACAGAAAAAACUAAAAGCUCAUUCCAUAAAGAUUUAUUUUAAGGACAUUUUGCCUAGGCUAACCUUUGUAAUAAGUGUAUAAAUGUGUGUAAUGGAUGUUCAAGCAUGUGAAUGGCACAUGCUCAGGUGUGUGUGUGUCAGUUAGUGUUGCUCGCUCUCAUGUUUGUUGUAGCCUCAUACAGCUUGUUUGCUAAACUUCUCCCUGUGUUUAAACGUAGCUAACUAUUUGAUUAAGCCUGAGGCUUUUCAAACGGAGCAGCUGACUGUGAGUGAGUGAGUGCGUCUGACUCUAGAUUUCUGUCUGCCAUCAUCUUCAUCAUACCAGCUGUAAAUGUGUUUUUAAUGCUGAUACAACACCACCACAUCAUCCAGAUGACAGCCAGCCUGUUUCUCUGAGAAUUCAUUGGUGGGUGUGACUUCAAACCUCUUUUUCAACUGAUUCGAAGUUUCCUUAGCAGAUUAUCAGAAGCGGAUGAAAAGAAAUGAGCAAAUAUGGCUCAAAUCUUGCAAGGGAUCCUGCUAUUCUCACCGAUCAGGUAAGAUUGUUAUAACAUUGAUGCUAACCUUAAGUUUUUCAUGAGGGAAUGCAUGUGGUCUUUAAUUUUGUCGCUGCUACAACUAAAAGUUAACUGAUUUUUUCAUUAAAUAACAUUUUUUGAGAGAAAGGGCUGUUUUACCAAUUACAAACAUGGUAGUGGGUCAGUCAAAGGCACAAGGCUGAGUGCUACAUAAGUAUUUAAUGUUAAACCUUACCAGUCAUAAAAAGAGUAUUAGCUCAUGUUUUGGUGGCCAGUGUUAUUCUGAGGUACCAGCCUGAAAAACUGAAGAAAGGCUGUGUACUUAUGCAAUACCUACAACAUACAAAUGAAUAGUUCCUUGCUGGAUUUACCAAAACAUCGAUAUGUAAACCCAAAAAGCUGCCGCCAGAGUGUGAAUAGGAACCAAAAGGAUUGAGCCUGUUGAACCAGUGAUGAAAAGUUUCCAAUGGCUUCCAAUUUAGUACAGAACUGAAUUUAAAACACCACUGGUAGUUUAUAAAGCUUUGAAUGGUGUGACAUCUCAGUAUUUCUCUGACCUUAACUCAAUCAGAUCCCUCAGAUUAUCAGAUUAUCAGGUACAAGCCUCCUGAGUGUACCUCAAGUCAAAACAUAAAACGAUGGAAGCAUAUCUCCUCAUAUAUGGCACUAUUUUUGUGGAACAAGCUAUCUGCUGAUCUGAGGUCUGCAGACACUUUAGAGGUCAUGUGAAUAGUUUUUGUUGGGCUAUGAAACUGAAAACAGAUAGUGUGUGAAUAACAUAAGAUAACCUGACAAAAAAAAAAACUUCCCUGGUUUGAACAGACUGAAGCAGAUCUUGCCAAUGUCACUGUAAAAGAUCCUGUUUGCUCACGGUGACUCUUCAAAUUUAUUAUUAUCUUGCAAAAAGAAUAAUUUUAGGAAGUUUAUUUUGUGGGACAGUUUUCACCUCACAUUGGCAGAGAUGGACUUCAAUAGAUGUCCGAGAAAGGGUUAAGUGUCCACACCAAAUUUUUCAAGUUUACUUUUUCCACCAGACUCCACCCUUGUUCAACAUGAUGGCAGGCAUGUGGUGUGGUACACUGAACCUUGAAACUGCACAGAGCUCUGAAUUCAAAAUUGAUGCAUCAUUAUGAGGACAAUGAAACCAAUCCAAAAGAUUUACAGUGACAAGAAUCCAUUAAGCUUUUCUUCAGAUUGGCAUAAAACAAGUAUUCAGAUUCUGUCCUUAGGAAGAGGAUCUAAGUCUUGACUAAGUCUUGGGAAAUGCCGCUGACUGGAAUACUUUAAAUUACUUUACAGUACAACAGAGGUAUGUAAGUAAUGCUAUUUGUAGUUGGCAGAUAUGGGGAUAGAUUAUAACUGUUGCAUGCUGACAAAAUGUUCGGUACAUGAUACUUGUAUUUGGGGUUUGGGGUAUUUUUUAUUAAAAAAAUGGUAAAUUCAAAAACUUACACUUGUUACUAUAGCAGUUUAAGAACUGCAGAUCAGAUAUAUUUUUCAAAUGAGGAUUUGUCAGUGAACUUAGAGGCUCUUUGGUUGUACAGUAAUACUGUUAAAAGUGAAGAAUAUCUGAGUAAUAGUAUUUACUCCCAUGAGUUAAUUGAACCCCAGAUAACCUCUCAUAACUUUAACAUAUUCUUCCUGAUUGGUGCAGGACGGUCAAACUGAGGAUGGUGAUGAGAAUCCAGAGCGUGGGAACUGGACCAACAAGACAGAGUACAUGCUCUCUAUGAUAGGCUUUGCUAUCGGCCUGGGAAACAUCUGGAGAUUUCCAUAUAUCGCCUUUAAAAAUGGAGGGGGUAUGUACUUGGCAUCACAGAUGAUAGCACUACUCAAAUUAUUUUGAUUAUCAUUGAUAUUAGAUUUUAUCUCUGUGAACAGGUGCUUUUCUCUUUCCCUUUUUCCUGAUGUUGGUCUUGUGUGGCGUUCCUCUUUUCUUCUUGGAAACUUCCAUCGGUCAAUUUUGCAGCCAAGGUCCAAUCAAUGUGUGGAGGGCGGUGCCAAUCCUGCAGGGUAAACCAUGAGAAGAUUCAUUUUCAAAGAUUUUCAAGCUCUGGUUUUCAGAUUGAGCACAGUCGCUGUAAAGAAAAGAAUCUAAAAAAUAUCAAGAUCUGAGAUAUACUGUGAAUAAAUGCGUUCAUUAUGCACUGUCCUCUGCAGGUGUUGGCUUUUCCAUGGUGAUGGUGAAUAUAUUGGUCUCAAUUUAUUAUAAUGUCAUCGUGACCUACAGCCUCUACUACAUGUUCGCCUCCUUCCAGUCUCCUCUGCCCUGGUCUAAAUGCUACAGCUGGGCUGAUGAACUGUGCAGCAGCACACCUUUAGGUGCUUUUUCAGUUUUUUUGUUUGUUUUGUAAAAAUAAAAGCUGAUGUUGGGUUAAUACUGAUCCUAAAAACCACUAGAUAAAUGAAAUUUAGUAUUUCUGUGCAUUGACUUGAAAUAGCUGAUUAACGAAGCUCUUUCUUUUUUAGUGUAUUGCAACAUAAGUGGUGUUUCAGUAGCCAACUGGACUCAGGCGAACAGUACAUGUCCUCCGUCCAACAUGAUCAAAGUUCCUGUUCAGAGCCCAAGUGAGCAGUACUGGGAGUAAGAAUCACACUCAUGCUAAAAUGGAAGGACUAAUCCUUAUUUGACUGUGUUUGUUCUGAACUCAUACCUCUCUCUUCCUCAGCCGUGUGGCUCUGCAGAGAUCCAGUGGUAUGGAUGAAACAGGACCAAUAGUUUGGCACUUGGCCCUCUGUCUGCUGCUGAGCUCCUCAGUUCUUGCUGCAGCACUCAUCAAAGGCAUCAAAUCCUCAGGCAAAGUAAUUUACUCUUCAUUGACACUCAAAUGCAUCUUUUCUGUAAAUAAAAUCAAGAAUCUGACAUUUAAGAGACAACAUCAUAGUAAAGAUUCAACAAUAUAUUUCCUCUUUUCAGGUUGUGUAUUUCACAGCUACGUUUCCUUAUGUGGCGAUUUUGAUCCUGCUGAUCAGAGGUGUGACACUGGAGGGAGCUAAGGAUGGGAUAGAGUUCUUCAUCGGCUCCAAAUCAAAUUGGACUAAAUUGGCUGAGGGACAGGUAAGAAGAGCCUCACAGUCAAAUACUUCAAAAAUUUUUAAGUCUAACUUAAAUUCACAUACCUUUUUGUCUGCUUACUUUACCUCAGAGAACAGGAAGGCUAAUAUGGUAGCAUUAGCACUUAACAUUUCACAUGAUGAAAGAACUGAUUGUUUGUUGAACAUAUUUUUGUUAGCAUGUUAGCAUACUUACAUUUGUUCAUUUAUUUAUUUAUCUAUUUUGUGUUUUUCAGGUUUGGAAGGACGCAGCCACUCAGACUUUCUUUUCUCUAAGUAUUGCUACGAGUGGAGUCUUGACUCUUGCUUCCUAUAGCAACUUCCACAACAAUAUGUACAUGGAUUCGGUUAUUGUACCCUUGACUAACCAUGGUAAGAAAAUAAGAUUAUGGUUGAUUUUUUUCAAUUUAAGCAGUUCAUUUGAGCUUAUUUAACAGUUUUAGUUUGAGCUAAAAAAAAAACAAAAGUGUGUAUUCAGUGAUUAUUUACGUUAAUAUGUGUAUCCUGGCAUUGACCUGUACUCCCUGCAAGUGCCAUAGUGACUUGGUGGUGGUUUAAUCUUAGAGUUUAGGUAAUGACUUAAGUGCCACUCAGUGGUAAUCACAGCCGUUGAGGAGUUUUAUCCAUUCAGUUCUGUAAAAUAAUCUCUUGUUUUGGAGUCUGUGUGUCUGACUUUGUGAUCUUUAUCUUCUCAUAGGUACCAGCAUCUUUGCCGGCUUUGCCAUCUUCUCUAUUUUGGGUCAUAUGGCUCAUGUCUAUAAAAGGCCUGUUGGGGAAGUGGUAAAAGAAGGUCAGACACAUAUGUACUAAUUUAAUUUCUUUAAAUUAUAAAUCUGUUAUAUGUUCUCUCAUAUGUUGUUUCUCCAUCUUUGUAAAGGAUUUGGUCUGGCUUUCAUCGUGUAUCCAGACGCAUUAGCCAAGCUUCCCGUUUCCACUUUCUGGUCCAUCAUGUUCUUUUUCAUGCUUUUUAUUGUGGGCCUGGACUCACAGUUUGCACAGUUGGGUAAGACUUUCAUCAAGGAGCGCUUCAGCAUCUUGAUCCUCAAUUCAAAGUUUUAAAACAUGUUUUCAACAACUAGAAGUUUACCUCUGUGAGACUCAUCACUCUUCUCUCUUCUCCAUAAGAGGUGGUUGUCACCUGCCUGUGUGACGCCUUCCCAGAAAUCUGCAAACCCAGACGAGCUUUGGUAACAUUCGGAGCGGUAGCCAUCCUCUACCUGCUGGGCCUGCCAUGUGUCACAAGGGUACAGUGACUCUAUAACUGCUGUCUGACAUGAUCACUUACCUGCAGUCUCUCAUGUUUAUUGUUUCGUUGGUGUUUGUGUGCUUCGUUGUAGGCAGGCAUAUACUGGGUGACUCUGAUGGACCAGUUUGUGGCCAGCUGGGUGCUACUUGUUCUGGCUCUCUUUGAGAUCAUUGGCAUCUUCUACAUUUACGGUAAAUAUGAACAAUGGAAAAAAGUUUAAGUAAUACUUGACAUCUGAUAUAUUUAACUUUACUAGCCCAAUGCUUCACUGUAUUUAAAGAACUUAUUGAAAGGUAUUUAAGGAGUGGGGAGUAGAGACUCAAUACAGUCAGGUGGGUCAUUCCAUGUCAAUUCAACCAAGAAUCUCCACUCACGUCACAGAUUAUGAUGAAAUUUGGUGGAGUGAUUGGCCUUCAGGAGAAACUGUCAGAGCUCAAAUAUUUUUGUUCAAAGCCAUCUAAUUAGUGAGAUAGGGGCUAAUGAAUAUUUGGCUAACUAGCAUGACAUGCGUUACAAAAGUGUUCAUAUCUCUGGAAGUAUCGCACCUAGAGAGCUGAUUCGGGUGUCAUUUUAAAGCGCUCUUCAAGUUCAAGCUUCCAGAGAUACGAACACUUUUGUAACGCAUGUCAUGCUAGUUAACCAAAAAUUCGUUAGUCCCUAUCUCACUAAUUAGAUGGCUUUGAACAAAAAUAUUUGAGCUCUGACAGUUUCUCCUGAAGGCCAAUCACUCCACCAAAUUUCAUCAAAAUCUGUGACGUAAGUGGAGAAUCUUGGUUGAAUUGACAUGGAAUGACCCAAAUGUCACUUUGUCUUGCUCUGUAAUAAAAACUCCUUUAUACAGUUAUUUAAAGUUGCUGAAGGGACUGCACAUUUUGUACAGGUUGCAGGCUGCAUAUUUUAUCAUAUUAUUAUUAUUAUUAUUAUUAUUCUCAGGAUCAAGUCUUCCAGCUAGAUGAUUUCAUUUUGCUGUAAUAAAACUGAAAAAAACAUCUGAAAACUUAAUCAUAUUAGAAAAAGUAGAAGAUGAAACACUUUUUGGUGAGGAGGGGUAAUUAGUUGUUGAAGAAGAGUGAUUUUUUUACUGUAUAUGUUAAAGCAAUACUCAGCAUGGUGUGAAAUAUAUGAAUCACAACAUUAUUGUGUAAUUAGGUUUGGUAAGUUACUAAACCUUAGUUUCGCAACUGAUGGGCGAUGUCCGAAUUAUGGGUUGUAAAGCCGUUUUCUGUGGCGAAAAGUCUUAGCUGCAUAACUACUGUGAGAGACAUUUUUUCUUUGAGUUACUGUACUCGCAGUAUUGGGGUGGUUAAUUCAUACUCCAAUAUACUGGAUGGUAGUAGCAUCUCAAAGCUGGUCAUUACUGAUUAUUAAUGACAAAUUUGAUAAUUGGUUGUUCCUUUUAGAGCUGGCGAUGCACCCUCAGGCUGAAUGGCUUUGAAACCUCUUUACAUAUGUUUUCUUACAGUUACUUGCUUUGAGUAAUUAGCAAUUAGGGACUUGUGAAUCCCUGAAAAACAAGAUGAAAAUGGUCAUUGUUCUCCUGAGUUGCUAGAGGUGUAUUUAGCAUCCAGACGCACUACCAGGUCUUUUUUUUAAGUUUACUUUUAGGCUUUACUGAUAUAAUGGGACAAUGGAUAGAGUAGAAAACUGGAAGGGCGAGCAGACAUGAGGAAAAAGGCGACAGGUUGGAAAUGAUCCUUGGCCAUUCGCCUCAAGGAUUGCAGCUGUAGAUAAUAAUACUGAUGCUUCUAUAUAAACUGAGAAAACAACAACAACAACACUAAGAAUAAGACUGAGUACUCAUCAAGGGUGAUUUUUUAUUCCUCACAUUAAAUAGGUGGGAUUGUGAAGGCCAGGCACGUUUUUGUUUUCAGUAUUCAGGGAAAAGAUUUAAAGUGAAAGACACUGGGAGUAGUCGGAUAAAUAGGGACGCUUGUUUUGUUUUGAUCAGAAAACACAUGCUCAGGACAGGAUUGUUGAAGAGAUUAGACAUACUGCUCCUGAGGUCACCAAGCCUAAUUCAUAAGAAAACACACAAAAGACCACUUAAAAAUGAAAUGACUGAAAUUCAUCUCUGCUCUGGGAAAAACAAACUCUAUGGGACCCUAGAUUAUGAAAGAUUUAUAGAUUCAACAUGUUUGACAUUUUAGUUUGUGAAAAUGACUUUGAUCGUUACGUUAAAUUCUCUGCUAAAAGUUGAGUUUACUGAUUUUCAUUUUGGAUCCAGAGGUUUUAUUGCUCUCUUUUGAUUUUUUAUUUUAAGUCUGGACUUUUUCCCACUUUUUUGUGCAAUACAGGAGGGAAACAUUUCAUACAAGACAUUGAAAUGAUGAUUGGAAAAAAGAGCUCUCGCUUUUGGGUAUGGUGGAGAAUGUGUUGGUACUUCAUCAGCCCCUGCAUCAUUGUGGUGAGUGUGACCUCUGUGUACUUACCUAUUGUUAUUUUCCUUUAUAUCACACUAUUUGAGUAUAACAUAAACUCCAAGUAUGAGGAACUAUCUCUUCAUAGGAUAAUUUAGUGCCUUUUAUGUGACCAACUGUGACGAACCUUCCAUUAAACUUGUACAAUGAUUUUAGUUAAUUUAGUUUUAAAAAAAACCUCACAACAGACAAACUGAGAUCUUUGGUGCUCCCCUCACCAUAAAAGUGUCCUAGAAUCCAGGUUAAGAACCAGUUCAGAGGAGUAAAUCCUUCAGUGCAAGACUCAUCUUCUUGACAGAAGACCUUUUAGGAUAUUAAGACCCAGAAUGUCUGUAUGACUCUAAUCAGACAUCACUGCAUUUUCUGCCUAGGUGGUCCUGUUGUGGUCUCUCAUAUCCUUUGUUCCCCCCACCUAUGGAAAAAUCCAGUACCCAGCUUGGGGCUUGGCUCUGGGUUGGUGCAUGGUGUCAUUCGUCCUCAUAUGGAUCCCUGUAGUGGCUGUGUACAAGCUGAUCAGAGCAGAGGGGAGCUUCUUGCAGGUGUGUGUGUUGUCUGAUACAAUAUGAGACUUUAAAUCAAGAAGAGAUUUUCAGCUAAAGUUUAGAGCUGACCUUUGACCUGUUAUAAAGGUGUCCCCAUAUUUGUGACCUAAACUGUCUCCAAUUUUUACAGCGUGUAAAGUCAUUGUGUGUGCCUUCUGAAAAGUGGCAUCCCUAUCUGGAGAUCUAUCGUGGAGAACGCUACUCAGAGGAGAACUGUCGCAGAAGAAGCAUGGUAUCAUCAUAUAAUAAGCAAAUGUGAAUUUAACCUCCAUGUUUUGAGACUGAUUCGAAUGCUGAGGAAAUACACUAAUGUGUGAAAAGACAAAACAAAAGUUACAUUCAGCUGAUAGCAUCAUGUAGUUUGAGUGUGUGUGUACACCAACAAGGUCACAGUCUCAUAGCUCUGCUUUAGACAGGGACUUUUCUGGAUCAUGUGACAUGGAAGGAGUGAACCUUAUUUAUCUAUGCCUUAUCUUAAGCUGGUGUAAAUCAUAGAUAUCAACAUUAGAUACCUCAAAACCCAUAUAAGAGAACAACAGUCCAUACAUCAAGACCAGCGCCAUCCUGGGGUGGUACCAGUGGAUGGUGGUAAGCGUGGUGUUGAAUGUAAACAAAUGCUGUUGUCAGGGUAACCACAAGCUUCCAAAACUUCAACCCAUAGAAAACCAUUGACGAGCACCACUCCACGAUGGCAGCAGUUUUGACGCAUCCUGGGCAGGGCAAUGAGGUUUCUAGUCAUAUAUGAUUUGUGAACUGUGCUGUGAACACCCAGGGCGCACCAAAAAACAAGUCUCGAUCCAAUUAUCCUUCAUCCUUCUUCCAGGAGCCACAAAAAAUGACCAAGUUCCCUAAAAACAUUCUCACCAUAAGUCAAGUGGCUAAGCUCCCAGAAUGA